UCAACUACAGAUGACAACGUUGAAAGAUUUACCUCUUUCAGCAAGAAGAUCAAGAGGGACGCCAAAAGAUCAGUCUCGACCCUGAAGCAAAUGGAUCAAGAGACUGCAGUGCCGGCCUUGCUAGAUGCAGAUCAAGAUACAGUAUCUGUGAUUAGAGCACUAAAAGAAGCUAAUGCAGUAUGCCUUUCAACUUUCCAAAUGCUCUCGUCCUUCUUGCGUGUUCCACUUUUGAAGCCUAAGCCAUCAAGAUGGUCAUUGCUUUCAAGAUUGGUACAUAAAGAAAGAAUAGAAUCUGAAUGCCAAGAAGAAAACAUGAGCUUGGAAACAAGGCUGGAAACUUUCGAGGCUUACCUUGACAGGUUUGAAGAUGGAUUGGAAGUAAUAUUUAGGCGUCUGAUUAGAUCUAGAAGCUCGCUCUUAAAUAUUUCCUCCUGCUAAUGUGUCAGCUGUUAUA